CAAUUAAUAUAAUAAAGAAUAAUCAAAAUUAUGGAUUCUAAAUUAAAUAGAAGAAAAGAAUAGAAACUAAGAUUAAGAAAACUCAGAAGAAUAAGCUUAUGGUUAAUAAGCUUUUGAAAUUAAUAGAUUAAGAGGAAUGUUAUAAAAUAAUUAUGACUGAUAUGAGUAUUGUUAUUAAAUAAAUUAAUCUUUACUUGUAAUUAUAUUAUAAUAUAUAUAGAAAUUAAAUAGGGGCAAAAGAGAAAAAUUAGAAACAGAAUGUGCUGAAAAAGAUUUAUUACUUUAAAGGGGUGGUAAAUAGCCAUAUAAUAUAUGAUUAUUAUUU